AUGGCCAUCUUCGACCAAGCAUUCGCAGAUUUCAGCACCGUUGAUGUAGUAAUCAAUGCAGCGGGCGUUAUGAAUGUGGAUGGAAUGAUUGAGCAGAUCGAGCCGGCGCAAUGGUGGAAUGACCAUGAAGUCAACGUCAAAGGUACCUACAAUCUCGCCCACCACUUCACCACCGCUACCAACGGAACCGGCACAUUCAUCAACCUUGUCAGCCUGGGCGCCUCUUUCCUCGCUCCAGAUCUCUCGUCCUACAGCACUGCUAAACCCGCUGCUAUCAAAUUGGGCGAGGACCUGGAUCUCGAUAACCAACUUUCUCUCUGCCAAAUGCCCAACCUCCGCACAUUCUCCAUCCAUCCUGGCAUCGACGAAGCCGCCGCCGGUCGCGGCGCUGUCAUCGAUCACAUCGCCCCGUUCGCGAAGGGCAAGCAGCCCCUGCCCGCAGUGUUUACUAUGUACUUGCAGAAGCAGGAGGUGGACUUCUUGCGUGGAGGAUUUGUGAGCGAAAACUGGGAUAUCGAGGAGGGGAAGCCGGUGAAGCUCGGGUUUGUUGGAGCGAAGUUCAGGCCUGAGGGUCAUCCAUGGAAGUACUAG